AAACUAAACCGUGCUUACCUAUCGCCAGUCCAACUGGUGUAAAGCCUUCCAUCCGAGGCAGUACACAGCGAUUGAAUAUUACAUCUGCUGGAGUGGUGAGCUCUGUAAUCGAACGUUAUUUCACUCGUGGAUUGAUAUUACAAGUCGCUGAGACUCGGAACGUCGAAUUGAUUCAGAAACUGUAUAACAAAAGCACCAAAAUGCCUGUGGAUUUGUACUAUUUACCGCCAAGUAUUCCCUGCCGAGCUGUCAUGAUGCUCGCUAAAGCCUUGGGCAUUCAUUUGAACUUGAAGGUAGUCAAUAUCCUGGAAGGCGAGCACUUGAAGCCGGAAUUUCUCAAGAUUAAUCCGCAACACACGAUACCGACGAUCAACGAUAACGGACUCAUACUUUGGGAAAGUCGAGUCAUCAUGGGUUACUUUGUGGAAAAGUAUGCAAAGAACGAUUCGUUGUAUCCGAAGGAUCCGCAACGCAGAGGCAACGUUGACCAGAAACUUUACUUCGACCUCGGUACGCUGAACCAAAACCUUCUGAAGACUUACUUUCCAAUUAUCCUUGGCCAAGCUGAAAGUGUCGACGAUAAGAAUUUGGAAGCUCUGGAAAAGGCGUUCGAAGUACUUGACACGUUUUUAGAGGCGAGCAGAUUCGUGGCCGGAGAUCAGUUGACCAUCGCCGACUUCAGCAUCGUCGCCACAGUCAGUACAGCUGACGCAUUCGGCUUCGACAUUGGCCGAUUCGACAACGUCGCCAACUGGUACAGACUGUGUCAAAAAGCUCUGGCCAACUUUGGGUACGAAGAGAUAAACGCCAACGGAGCCAAAAUGUUGGGGGAUAUGCUGAAAAAGCGCAGCUGAAUUUCGGAUCUCUGACGAUCGGACAAAUCGCUUCAACCCUCGGACCGCAGCGCUGCCUGUUGGUCCGAAGAAAUGAAAGAUCUUCUAGUCGUUAGAAGCACACGUUUCAAUUUCCUCGCACGUGUGCCCAGCGCAAUAUCCCGAUUGGCAAGCAGCGUUGCAUCGGUGUAAUUUGAAGAAGUGGAAGCCUACAUUUUUUCUGCGUCAGUACGAAAGUUUUACCUCAAAAAUUCACUCCGCUUGAGAGGUUUCUCGUUGGAAGAUUUUCCGGACCCUGCAAGCGAAGCGGUUAAUUGAGAAACUUGUUGAUUAGUCAUUAUUAUUCAUAAGAAUUAAUCUUCACCUUAUUAUCAGAUUAUUUCACCUUAAUUACUUAGUCAAAAUAAUAAAUAUCACCUUGUUAUGAUUACGUGUAUUUUGCAAUUAUCUUAAUGGCUGUAUAUUUCUUUACGUGAAAUCAUGAGGUAGAUGACGAAAUUGGGUUGAAGAAAAAUUCUUCAGUCACUUAAUUAGGAGAGAAAAUAUUUUUAAAUACUACUUGAUAGCGAUAGAUCCAACAAAUCUAUUUUCUUUAAACAGAAAAAUUUCUCCUAUUGAAUUUUUAAUCUUUAGCUAUCCAUGUAAUACUUUAUCUUAUUUCAAGAUGGUUCGGCACUUUGACCCACAAUUGUAAGUUACCCGCAGUCUGCUCCUUACCCGAUUGAGGAAGUAAUUUUUUAAAUUUAAUAUGUUCAACCGCCGAUUACAAUCAUCUCAUGAACGUUACUGCAGUUGGUACGUCUGCAGAAUUGAACGAUUUGAAUUCGAUUGUUGCUACGCACGGUGAAGGUUCUUUCAGCCGUCGGUAAAUCAUGGACUGCCAUCCGCUGAUAUAGCCGGAGUUCUGCACGAAACUCGAAAGCCUCAGCAGCCGUAACUAACUCGGAUGAUUGUCCUGGUUCGAAGCUGUAUCAGAAACCAAUUACACAAAUAGUGCAUAUACUGGCACUUUACAGAUCAUACAGCAGUUGAAAGUCGCAAUAUUUGGGCACCAUCUUCUCUGCGAUCUUGCUCAAAUACGUUAAUCCGAAAUCAUGAAAAAUCCUUACCAAGUGGCACUGAAAUUCAAUCCUUAAGUUAAAAGAAAUUUCAGAUAUCAAACUGUAUGUAGAAAUAAUUAGAUCAACAUUAAACGGUUUAAGUUAACGGA